CACACAAAACACCAACCAAACCAGAAAGAUCUGCUUAUCUCCCACUCCAGUUAAACUCCCUUCCAUUCACUUCCUCAAACUCACCACUAACAAUGAAUCAUCUCGCCUCCUUCCUCCUCCUCCUCCUCUCUCUCCUAUCCUCCGCCCUCGCCUCCGCCGCAGUUCCCAUCGACGUGGACCCUCUCAUCCAACAAGUCGUUUCGGAAUCCGACGACGAUCAGCUCCUCCACGCCGAGCGCCAUUUCUCCAGCUUCAAAGCCACCUUCGGAAAGGCCUACGCGACUCAGGAGGAGUACGACUACAGAUUCGGCGUCUUCAAGGCCAACCUCCGCCGCGCCAAGCGGCACCAGGCGCUCGACCCCACCGCGGUCCACGGCGUCACCAAGUUCUCCGAUCUCACUCCCAAGGAGUUUCGCCGGAACUUUCUCGGACUCAAACGUCGCCUCCGGCUUCCGGCCGACGCUAACAAGGCUCCGAUACUUCCCACUAGUGAUCUUCCCGCCGACUUUGAUUGGCGCGACAAAGGUGCUGUCACGCCGGUGAAGGACCAGGGUUCUUGCGGGUCGUGCUGGGCGUUUAGUGCGACGGGAGCUUUGGAAGGAGCUCAUUAUUUGGAAACAGGGGAGCUCGUCAGUCUGAGUGAGCAGCAGCUUGUUGACUGUGACCAUGAGUGUGAUCCGGAAGAAUACGGCUCGUGUGACUCGGGUUGCAGUGGCGGGCUGAUGAACAAUGCCUUUGAGUACGCACUCAAGGCUGGUGGGCUAGAACGAGAGGAAGAUUAUCCUUACACCGGAACUGAUGACACCUGCAAAUUCGACAAGAGCAAAAUUGUUUCUUCCGUGUCUAACUUCAGCGUUAUUUCUACCGACGAAGAUCAAAUCGCUGCAAAUUUGGUUAACCAUGGCCCUCUUGCAGUUGGGAUCAAUGCGGUGUUCAUGCAAACAUACGUAGGCGGAGUUUCGUGCCCUUACAUCUGCGGAAAGCGAAUUGAUCACGGAGUGCUUCUGGUGGGUUAUGGUUCCUCGGGUUUCGCUCCGAUCCGAUUCAAGGAAAAACCUUACUGGAUCUUGAAGAAUUCAUGGGGACAGAGCUGGGGAGAGCAGGGAUAUUACAAGAUCUGUAGGGGUUAUAAUUCUUGUGGGGUGGAUUCCUUGGUCUCAACUGUUGCUGCUCUGCAUGCAUCCAACAAGUAGUUAAGACGGUACCGUAAUAUUAAUGUACCUUGUUAGGCAUUUGGGGGUUUGUAGAAUGUAAAGACACUGUGUGAUCUGAUCCCCUAGGUAAUUUAGAUCAAUUGGGGCAAUAAGUUUAUGUUCUUGUCAUGGUUGACUCAUGUUGAAGUUGUAUAAUUUUAUGUAUUUAUAUAGAUAUUAUGGAAUUAAUUACUAUAUGUAUUAUGUUUCGGUAA